AUGGCUUCCAGUUUCCAUGAUCGGCUGCCGAAAAUCGAUCUUCUGAAAUUUAGUGGAGAUGGAUCGCGUUGGAUCUUGUUCCGUGACAACUUUCUCUCGAUGAUCCACUGCAACGAGGACAUACCGAUCAUCAACAAGCUGCAGUAUCUGAUGCAGUCGCUGGAAGGGGAGGCAAGAAAACCGUUCGAGUCUGUGGAUACCCAAGUCGAUAACUAUGCGUCGACGUGGGACGCAUUGAAAAAGCGUUACGACAACCAGCGAUUCCUCAGAAAUAAGCUGUUCCGAGGCCUGUACAACCUUCUACCGAUCCAGCAUGAGUCAGCACAAGACCUCAACUUACUGGUUGAUGAUUUCCAGCGACACGUUAAGACUUUGGGAAAGUUGGGCGAACCGAUCGAGCAUUGGGUCACUCCGCUCAUCUUCAUCCUUUCAAACAUGUUGGGUUCGGCGACGAUUCGUGCAUGGGAGCAAGAUACUCGACAGAAGGACGAGGUGAAAUACGACGAGCUCUUCGAGUUUCUCAUCCACCAGGUCCGGAUGUUGAAAUCCGUGGAUAGCAAUCUCCAACAUCGUUCCUCAGUGCCCACCGUUUCCAAGGUGGCCGGGCAAAUCCCGAAGAAACCAGUUCCCAUCCGACCUGUCGUGAACACAGCUACGUCCGAAACUCAAUCCAAUACUUUGCCAUGCCACUGUUGUUUGAAAACACAUCCGCUUUACCAAUGUCCAUCAUUUUCGAACCUGUCAAGCUCCCAACGGCGAGAGCUUGUGACACAGCACAGUCUUUGCUGGAAUUGCUUUCACGCAAACCACCGGGCAAGAUCCUGCAAAUCCAAGUUUCUGAGCAGGAUUUGUCAAGCAAAACAACUCACCAUGUUGCACGACCACCAAAUAGCACAUCCACAGCAACUCUCUACUGAAACACCACUUUCCGUACACGCGAAUCUAGGCCCAAUCUCGCUAUUAGUAGUUGACCGAUACGGUAGAAAUAUUCCUGCUAGAGCUCUGCUAGAUUCUGCAGCGAUGUCCAACUUCAUCACCAAGAAGCUGGGGAACAAACUCGCCACCCGUCAAAGCCCCGUGGACAUCGCAGUUGCCGGAAUUGGAGAGUCAGUGAAGCGCAUCAAGCACAAGUUAGCUACCAAGAUCGUAUCCAGGAACAGCGACUUCUCCACCACUCUCGAUAUCCUCGUCAUGAAGAAGCCAACCUCCCAUCUUCCCACAUCCCUGAUCGAUACAACUGCCUGGAAAAUGCCAAAAGUUCCAUUGGCAGAACCUCCGUUCAACGUUCCAGCAACAAUCGACAUGAUCAUCGGUGGAGAAUGUUACCAUGAGCUCCACACGGGCGUACGCCACUCGCUUGGUGAUUAUUUUCCGUUUUUGGUGGACACCCUCUUUGGCUGGACAGUUUCUGGCAAAGUGGAUUCCAACUCCACCACCGCACCGCGAGCGUGCUUUCUCUCCACCGUUGAUCAAACCCGAGAAACGAUCCCUGGGGAGUUCCAGCCAAUGGAAACCGCCGAUGGGAGCCUGAGAAUGGAAGCUGAACCCUCUACCAUUCAAAUCCACGAUCAAGGAUACGCUGCCCACCAUUCUCGGUCCAAGGAUCCACAAACCACCCUUGGAGAUGACGAAGCGAAUGCCACACAUCGAAACUCCACCAGAGAUACACACCACAAGAUUCCUGGAAGUAACGGCCGAUUCGGAAUGGCGCACCGGAGCGAUCUUGUUGAAGACUACAAACCACACUGCUAUCUGCCAAAUCACCCAGUGCUCAACGAAGCCAGCAAAACCACCAACGAACGCGUAGUAUUCAACGCAUCCUGUGGGCUCAACUCUGGGUACGCGCUCAAAGAUACGCUGCUCGUCGGUUCCGUCGUACUACAAAAUUCGCUGUCCGCCACUUAUCUACGCGCCACCAAAACAAACGAUGAAGGAGAAGACGCUGCCUGUGAAUCCUGCUGCUACGUUGUCCCUUUGGCCUCUGUUACCGUUAUGGAGUAG